CAGUAAAUUAUAUAUUCAGUAAAUUGUCUCUCUUGCAAGAAAACAAAUUAUAUAAAUCUAUAAACCAAAAUUUACAUUGAGACAGACCCUAUAUAUAGUGUACACAACCUUGCAUUGGUUUUGUAGAGUAGUACUUCCAUAAUCGGGGUUUAACUUGGGUUUUUGGUGGGGAUCACAUCAGAGCAGCAAAAUGUGGAUUCUUGGAAGAAAAGGUCCUUCUGGGUUCUCAGCCUCUUCUACAGCCGAGGAAGUUACCAAAGGAAUUGAUGGAACUGGCCUCACUGCCGUCGUUACAGGGGCAUCAAGUGGUAUUGGCACAGAGACUACACGUGUCCUCGCCUUGCGUGGUGUACAUGUGGUUAUGGCAGUUAGAAAUACUGAUGCGGGUCGAAAAGUCAAAGAAGCUAUACUCAAGGAAAACCCAAAUGCUAAACUUGAUGUUAUGGAGCUAGAUCUCGGUUCAAUGGCGUCUGUAAGGAAAUUCGGUUCGGAAUACAAGUCCUUGGGCCUUCCUUUAAACCUCCUCAUUAACAACGCAGGGGUCAUGGCUCCUUUCAUGCUUACCCAAGACAAUAUAGAACAGCAUUUCGGAACAAACCAUAUAGGUCAUUUUCUUUUGACAAAUCUUUUGUUGGAGACGAUGAAAAGUACAACACGUGAAAGCCAAAAAGAAGGAAGGAUUGUGAAUGUGUCAUCAGAGGGUCAUCGUCUGUUCAGAUACCCUGAAGGAGUUCGUUUUGACAAAAUCAAUGACAAAUCUAGCUUCCGCACCGUGUAUGCGUAUGGACAAUCAAAGCUUGCUAACAUAUUGCAUGCUAAUGAGUUGGCAAAGCGCUUUAAGGAAGAGGGGGUGGAGAUUACUGCUAAUUCAGUUCAUCCAGGAGUCAUUGCCACCAACCUUCUGCGUCACCAUAGCAUUGUUAAUGGCUUGUUCACCACGGUGGUAAAAAUUUUCGUGAAAAGUAUUCCACAGGGAGCGGCAACCACAUGUUACGUGGCAUUGCACCCGCAAGUGAAGGGGGUGAGUGGGGAGUACUUUUCAGACAGUAACCUAGCAAAACCAAUCGCUUUGGCUAAAGAUGAAGAAUUGGCAAAGAAAUUGUGGGACUUCAGCUUGAGCUUGACAGAUCCCAAGUGAUGGCUUUGUUGAAUCAAUAUCAGUGAUGCCUUGUGAAAUUUUCCAAGAUUUUUAGUUUUUUUUUUUUCCAAACAGAGAGAUACUGUACUUUUAUGUCUACAAUGUUGUAGAGAAAUGAUUUUGCCACUCUUUUUUUUGUUAACGUCACUCCCCUGCAAGUCUAUUUUUGCAUCAAAAAUACACUUGCGGGAGAGUAGCGUUAACAAAAAAGGAAGUGACAAAAUCAGCAGUCAUGUUGUAUUGUUUGAUUUUAUUAACUUGAAUGAAACAAACCUUUAAAAAAAAAAAACGAGUUCAGAAAACUUCCGGAAGUAAUCCAACGGCUGAAAAUCUGAACGAUUACAUAUUAA